AUGGCUCGUACACCUGAACCAUUCACUGCCACCAAGCGUGAUGCUUCUGAGUCCCCUCCUGGACAGCAUGAUCCUAAGCGUAGCCGGCCAACCUCGGAUGACUCUGACCAGGAGAUGGAACAGUUGAUGGACAACGUUGAGCUUGAUGAGGAGGAGGAUGACUACUAUGAUGAAGAAGAGACCCCAGCUAAGAAGAAGAAGGUGAUGGUCAUCUAUGAGGAUGAUGAUGAGGAGGACAAUGAGAAUGACCUUGGAGGAUAUCAGGAGCCAAGUUCCCAGAAGAUCAAGCCCAAGACUGCUGCCACCUCUGCUGGUCUGAGGUCCAAAGUCUCUGCUAAAUCUGUCUCCAAAGCUCCAAACCCUGAGUCUUAUGGUCAGGUCUUGAAAGCAUCUAGACGUACCUCUGAAGACAAGAACAUUGAGGUCGAAGCUGCUGAGGAUCCAGCUAAGCUCCCACCUGUUGAGGCCAUUCUUGAGUGUUCUGGAGCAUCUACAGCUCCUUCUCGUCGCCCCAAGCCUAGGAUGAUAAGUCGUACAAAUGAUGAUUCAUCUGAUUCUGGGAUGGAUGUUGAUCAUCAGGAGGGGGUUCAGGAAAAGCAGAAGAAGAAAGCUAAAGCCCCAGCUAAGCCAGUGGACAAAGGAAAGGGACCAGCUGUGCCCAAGUCCAAGUCCAAGUCCAAGCCCAGGCCUGAGCCUAUCAUUUCUCAAGCAGUUGCCAAUAUUCUGCCAAUGGGGUCUUCACGUGCAGUUGGAGGCUUUAGCCGAGGAAAUGCACUGGGUAAUGCCCCCAAUCUUGCAGAUAUGGGUGGUUCAUCUGGCCUGGCUCAAACUGAUGUACUCGCUGUCACUGCACCCCCUCGUCCUGGCAUCAUCUAUGUCUACCACCAGCGGGACACUCCCCAGCCCCAGAGUAUCAAGGACAUCUCUCCCUCUUGGUUCAUCAAGGUCAAUUUAAACCUGACACUAGGCAAGAUCCUGGAGAAGAUGAUCGCUAUUAUCAGCACUGACAUCAUUGAACUGAGGGAGCUAGAGGAGGGUGGACUUGGGAUUAGUCUGCUAGCGGCUCUUGACGUGUCAAUCAACCAUCUUGAUCUUCUUGGUCGAGGCAGUACAUCAUGUAUCCCCUCGGUUUCAAGCUCGAUUGCUGGUAAUGUCUCUUGUCCUUCUAGCCCUCUGGCAUCUAGUUUCUCUGUCUAUGAGGAGGAGCUCAUCAACAAGUUGGAGGUUGAUUGGGCUCUCCUUCAGAGUGGAAAGAAGGGUUCUCCAAGUGACUUUGACUUGUGCAAAGCAUGGAGAAUUUUCAACUUUGUCGAGUCAUCAGCGUUGAGAGUCAAGGAGUUGGAACUCUCUAAGAGACCCACCCAGAAGGAUCUUCAGGAUCUUUUUGUUCAAAAGACACAGUACAACUCUUAUCAGAAGGUUUUCAGAACGGUCGCAAAGUCCUUUGAGGAGAUGAAGGAUUGGUUGGAUGAGGAAGGUGUAGAUGCAGAAGAGAAUGAGCGAGUCUGGGGUGAGGAUCGGGUCAAGUAUUCUUUGACAGACUUGAUCAAGUGGGUGGAGAAUGAAGGAGAGCCGAUUUUUAAAGGUGAAGAGGAGCAAGAGCCAGAACCUGUGGCCACCAAGAAACGUGCAAAAGGGACUCCAAAGUCUCCAGUCUCCAACAAUGCUUAUGUUGUUCCUGGAGAGUGUACUGUCUGUAAAACCCACUACUAUCCUGACCACAAGGACUUUCCUUCUCCGGUCUACAAUCAACGACAGGAGAUUCAUCUCAACUCAGCUUGUUAUCUCAAGAUUGGCCAAACUCUUUGGGUGGAUCGAGUUUUCUCAAAGGCAGUUCUCAGUGCAACAUACAACUUUCAUGCAUCUGCCAAUGCCUACACUCAAUUCUGGAAUGACAGCUUUGGUAAUGUGACUACCAAGGUGGUACUAGGGAGACCGCAGAUUUGGCAGGCUUUUGUGCACGAGUCAACUCGCAUGGUUGCAACAGCUCUAGAAGAGGACUUUGAGACUGAUGCAAAUGCAAAGGUGGAUGAGGUGGUUGAAGAUGCAUAUGUAGUGCUGGGGAACAAAGGACGUUUGCCUCUAGCAGGUGAUCAUACCUGCUCUCAAUGCACACAGCCAUAUGUUCCUCAGCCUGGAGAAGAUCUUGAUGAGGAUGAUGAACAACUUCCUGUUAACAUGAUUGUGGUGGAUGGCAUUGUUGUAGAACCAACGCAUUGUGCAUUUGAGGAUUGUACCAAUGAGCUAGCAAAUGCUCGUGGUGAUCCUUUCUGUAUAAUGCAUGAAAUUGCUUAUGGCAAUAGGUGUCAUAUGGUUGACUGUCAUGAACCUAAAGUCUUUGGCACUCUGGCUUGUAACCAGCAUCAGAACAAGUGGAACCAACAUCGUCAGAGCAAGAGCAAGCCAGAACUCAAUGGUCUGCGACGUGUUAUCCAGCAACAUGGUGCACUUUUACCUUGGCAACAGCAGCAGCAGCCUCAGGACCAGCCUCAUGAUGAAGAUCAGCCUGACAAUCAGGUCCACAGACAUUAUUUUUCUCCCAAUCGUUACUACUGCGUUGAAACUAUUUGUGCACCUUGUGGAGUUGUUCAGGCUUGGACACUAUUUGCCAAGUCAGAAUCACCUACCAACAUUCUCAACUGGCUGUUGGAGGUCUAUCCUACUGAGGAGUCCCGGCCUUCAUAUAUUUGCAUUGAUAAAGCUUGCAUGGUUCUGCGCACAGCAGUAAGAUCUGGUGCAUUUGCAGAUCACUGGAUAAAUACCAGCCGCUUUAUUGUGGAUAUGUAUCAUCAUACAAACCACAAGGCAACUGAUGUACUUUGUUGGGAAUGGUGCAAUCCAGCACCAUUAGACAACAGUGCACCAAAUCUAGUUGGAGAGGAGAUUGAUGCCAAUGGUGUUGUUCAUAAAGUUCGCAAGUUUAACACUGAGGCUGCAGAGCAACUUAAUUCAUGGCUAGCUGGCUAUGAAUCAAUUCUCAAGCGAAUGGUUCUCAGAAACUUCAGUGGGGGUGAGGUUCUCAAUCUAAUGAACAUCUACUCUGACGAUCAACACACAGCCAUUGAGCACCUCGCUGCUCGUGUGCAUUCUCUUCCGCCCUUCAUUGACAUGGCAGGCGACUUCAACUGCGUUUCGAUGACUUGGGAUGACUAUGAGCAUGGCGAGUCAUCAACAGCAAUAGCCCUGCGGGACACUGCAUCUCAGAUCGGCCUUGAGUGGGCACGACCUUCUAACCAUGGACCAACGAGGAUCAGUCCUAAUCCAAACCAGAGAUCCAAUGUAUUGGAUCUUGUAUUCUUAGCCCCAUCUGAGAUCUUAAUCUCGAUGCCCAGAUUGGAGCACAAUCUCCAGGGUCCAUCAGAUCAUGUCCCGAUCUGCACAGAUCUUGAUAUCAGUCCUGAACCGCCUGGAUCUGGGCGACGGACAAUUAAACCCAGAAGCGAGGCUGAGAAGUCUUUCAUUUCGGACAUUCUCCGGGAUCUUGCGGCUAUUCCUGUCGCAGCCCCGGCUACCAAGGAAGGCAUUGAAGCUUUAGCCGAUGCUAUUGCGACAGUGUUCUCAGACACAUGGCUUGCCCACUUGACCGAGUCCAAACCUACCAAGCACUCCAAGUCCUGGUGGACAGACAAGUGUUCAGAGACAUUCGGAGUAUAUCAGUUGAGCCGCUCGCUGGCUGAUUACAACAAAUUCAAGAAGGCGUGUAAAGACGCCAAGCAUGAUUUCUUUGAUGAAUGUAUCACAGAAAUCACUACCUCUCGCAAGCACCCGUGGGACCUAAUGGAAUGGGUCAAACAGCACAAGCUACCACCCUGUGAGGCUAUUUGCAAUGGUGACCAGCCUUGCCAUGAUAUGGACAACCUCUGGGACACCCUUCACGGCAUGUACAACUCGGCCUCUGGUCACGAGUAUGACACCUCUGUUCUAGACGAGCUUCCUGAUGAGCCAGUCUGGGAGUGGGCUGACUUUUCGGAGCAUGAGUUGUUGAGUGCCCUUAAGGGGUGUUCCAACUCCUCUGCACCAGGACUGGACCAUGUUACAUGGGUCCACCUAAAGGAGUUGCUCAAGGAUAAACACGUCCUUGUGCUCUUCGUCGUGUUGGCCAACACUUGCCUUCAGGUGGGCCAUUGGCCACGUAUAUUCAAGGAGUCGCUAUCGGUCAUCGUACCAAAGCCGAAUAAGCCCUCCUAUACAGUCCCAAAGGCUUUCAGCUCUAUAGUACUCCUCAUCACUUUCAGUAAACUUAUAGAAAAGAUGAUUGCCAAUAGAAUACAGUUUGACGCUGUCAAACAUGAUAUCUUUCACCCAAACCAACCUGGGUGGGUUAAGGGUCUCCAGACUAGCGCGCUGGCUUUUGACAUCGCGCAGUUCUUCCCUUCUAUCAACCAUGAAAUGUUCAUGGCUGUCGUGCGCAAGCAAGGAUUCUCGCCAAUUUUGGUGGAGUUCUUUGCCUCUUAUCUUCUUGGUCGCUCCACGGUCUACUGCUGGAACACCUUCCAAUCCGACUCGCGCUCUGCGGACAUGGGUGUUGGGCAGGGCUCUGCUCUCUCGCCUGUUAUUUCAGGGCUUUUCAUUGCUCCGGUGAUGAAGCUCUUCUACAUCAAGGCGGCACUGCUCAACACAACGCUACUCUCCUUUGUGGAUGAUGGGACCAUUCUGGCCCAGUCCAAACAACUCAAUGAUAAUAAUGUGGGCCUGCGUAAGGCCUACAAAAUUAUCUACCUUCUUUUUGUUGCCUUCGCACUCGUCCUUGAACAUGGCAAGACCAAGCUGUUCCACUUUUCGCGUUGGCGAGAUGCCUAUAAUCCCUGGCUGGAUUUGGGGUACGCCCCACAUACAGGCACUACACCUUUGAAGCCCAAGACCUAUUGGAGGUACUUGGGCUUCUACUUUGACCACAGGCUCACAUUCCAUGAGCACGUUCACCACUAUGCCACCAAGGCAUUUACCACUGUGCAGGCCAUGCGCAUGCUCGGUGAUGCGUGGUUCCCAUUGCCACGUAUGGCUAUCAUCUCUGCUGCUCUAUGGAUCAUGGGUGCAUUCCGCACCUCACCCACAGGUGGUCUUGAGGCCCUCGCAGGUCUCAUCCCCAUUCACCUCAUGCUGAAGAAGUUGGCCACGCGCACAGUGUAUUGUGUCACCACCCUCUCAGACACUCACCCUCUUUGCUCCAUGAUGGGCGAGAGACUCCUCAAGCGGGCUGAACCACAUGCCCGCUCUGCCGCCUUGAUGACCCCAGCUAUGCGAGGGAAAGUCAAGAGCACCGUCAUGGAGGAUAGGCGACCAUAUCUUGACGAGCUCAUUGCGAAAGCAAGGGCCAACCCUCUGACAGUACUGGCUGCAACUGAUGGCUCUGUCCCUCAGUCCAACCAGUAUCAGGCAGCCUCGGCAGCCAUCAUCUACAAGGGACAUUUGCACCUUGCUGUCACGCAGGCAAACUGCCAACAUAUUAUGGUCUUUACUGACUCUAUGGGCUCGGCCCAUAGAGCGGUCAACCCUUCCGUGCACUCUGGUCAGGCUUUCAGCUUGUCGGUCUGUCAUGCUCUCCAAGAGUGGUUCGAGGCGGAUGAUCUCCGCCGCAUCACCUUUAUCUACGUUCCAUCUGCUUUGCGGUGGGAUAUCCAUGGUGAGGCACACAAGUACGUCACCGAACUCAAAGUCAGGGUUGGAUGUCGCAAGACAGACAACUCCAUAGACGCGCUACGCUCCCGAGCCGCGCACUCAGUCCUGGAUUCGUGGGGUUCCACUUUCCAGGAUCCAACCUACCGAGGCUCUGAAUUCUUAGAGCUUCAACAGCCUGACGGGUGGCUGCUACAGCCAUCGUACCUCAAUGGGGGACCUUGGCUCUCAACUUUCGGACACAGUAUCACUGAGUUUGCUCGCUUUUGCCAGUGCAUAACUGGCCACGCGCCCAUUGGAGCGUAUUACCGUCACUUCAAGAUCAAUGAGCCUCAUGGCUGCACUUGCUGGGCUGCUUUGCAGUCUCGCCAGCACGUCCUCUUUCGCUGCCGUGAUUGUUACUCCAUGCACUACCCCCGCUUUCUUGAGGAUAUUGCAUCUUUUAUGAAGUACAACCCCACUGCAUUUGGCUUCAACCGGGACCCUUCGGGGAGCUUCGAGCCCUUUGCGCCCAAAGCUCGCCCAGGUGAUCGGUUAUUGGACCGCUAUGCGGACCGUCUCCACUUUGACGAGCGCGAUCCCACUCAGGAUAGGUGCCCAUACCUUGACAAGCUCAUCACGAAAGCAAGGGCCGACCCACUAACAGUACUGGCUGCAACUGAUGGCUCUGUCCCUCAGUCCAACCAGUAUCAGGCGGCUUUGGCUGCCAUCAUCUACAAGGGACAUUGCAAGCUCGAAAGGACUCAUUAUGUCUCUGGCAGAGCAAACUGCCAACAUAUUAUGGUCUUUACUGACUCUAUGGGCUCGGCCCAUAGAGCGGUGGACCCGUCUGUGCAUUCUGGACAGGCUUUUAGCUUGUCAGUUUGUUGUGCUCUCCAGGAGUGGUUCGUAGCGGAUGACCUCCGCUGCAUCACUUUCGUUUACGUCCCGUCCACACUGCGGUGGGAUAUCCAUGGUGAGGCACACAAGUAUGUCACUGAGCUUAAGGACCCAACCUACUGGGGCUCUGAAUUUUUAGAGCUUCAACAGCCUGACGGGCAGCCGAUCCAGCCAUCGUACCUCAAUGGGGGACCUUGGCUGUCAACCUUUGGACACAGUAUUACUGAGUUUGCUCGCGUUUGCCGGUGCAUCACUGGCCACGUGCCCAUUGGAGCGUAUUAUCGUCGCUUCAAGAUUAAUGAGCCUCACAGCUGCACUUAUACUCUGUACACUAUCCCCGAUAUUGCAUCAUUUAUGAAGUACAAUCCUAUGGCAUUUGGCUUCAACUGGGACCCUUUGGGUGUCGGAUAA